AUGGUGGCAAGUGAGCUGGCAAAGAAACAAGAAGAGGAGGAGGAGAGAGCACGAAAGGAAAAGGCAGAAAAAGCUGAGCGGCUGAGGAAAGAGUGGGAGGAGGAAGAGGCAGAGAGACUGAAGCAGGCAAGUCUUCCUGCUGAGCCAAAAAAGUGCCCUCCUUUGGGUUUGGAGUCUCACCGGGUGGAAGACGACCAACUGCUGGCUUCCUCUCAGUCCCACCAUGGCUUCUCGGCUCAGAGGGGACGCCUUAACAUGCAGGGCUCUGAGAAGGAGGAAGACACGUAUGGAGGCGCAUGGUGUGCAGAGCCUGAGGAGAAAGGCCACUGGUUUCAGGUGGACGCUCGCCGAGAGGUGGAGUUCACUGGGGUCAUCACCCAGGGAAGGAACUCUGAGCAACAUGAGGAUUUUGUUUCAUCCUACUACGUGGCCUUCAGCAACGACAGCUUUGAUUGGACCGUGCUGCAUGACGGCUACGCUGAAUGGUUGUUCUAUGCGAACGUGGAUAAGGAAACACCUGUAAUGAGUCAGUUUGCUGCACCUGUGACGGCGCGGUACAUCCGGAUCCUGCCUCAGAGCUGGAACGGCAGCCUGUGUCUGAGAGCCGAGGUCCUCGCCUGUCAGCUACCAAGUCAGUAAUACAGAGAAACACCA